UAUUAUGCUUUUUCUUUUUACAGUACAGCGUAAACUGAAGUCUGAUUAAAGUGUUUUCAUCAGCAUACAGGUGUGUUUACUGCAGUAAUGAUGUGUGUACGUCCUCCUGAUGUCGGGUGUUUGACCUCAUUCAGAACCCAGUAAUUGAAGGACUUAUGAUUUUGCAGCUUUAGCUCUUUCUAAAUGAUAAUAGAGGUUUUACGGAGGAGGAGCGUCUCAUUUUCGUUGACAGGUGUCCUCCUCAGGUGUUGAUUAAGGGAUCCAUUAAAGUACAGUGGAGGCAUGUUUACUGUGGAGCUACAUAAGGAAGGUCCUCAGGAGGCUGUUGGAGUCUCAGAACAUGGCAACCAAACGCAUCCACGCAGUCCGGCGGGGGGGCCUCCUGCUGCGAGCCGCCCUGCUCCCCCUCCUCCUGCUCGGCCCCCAGCGGGGGGGCUCCGAGUCGGACGAGGCGGCCCCGACCGAGUGGGAGCUCUGGAAGAGCAGCCACGGCGUGAACUACGAGGACGCGGACGACAUGCAGAGGAGGUCCAUCUGGGAGGAGAACAAGCAGAUGAUAGAAGACAACAAUCAAGGGUUCCUCAUGGGGAGGAGGCCCUUCACCAUGACCAUGAACAAGUACGGAGACCUGACGAGACAGGAGUUCCGGGUCCUGCAGGGCGCCGUCAUCGACUCCCAGUACGCGAAGAGGGGGAAGACGGCCUCGAGCCGCAGGCUGCGCAACAACGCUAAGAAGUUGGGCGCUUACGUUGUGGACUACAGGCAGAUGGGUUACGUCACCGAGGUGAAAGACCAGGGCUUCUGUGGCUCGUGCUGGGCCUUCAGCACCACGGGAGCCAUCGAGGGCCAGAUUUACAAGAAGACGGGUCAGCUGGUGUCGCUGAGCGAACAGAACCUGGUGGACUGCUCCCGGUCCUACGGCACCUACGGCUGCAGCGGCGCCUGGAUGGCCAACGCCUACGACUACGUGCUCAGCAACGGGCUGCAGUCCGCCAACGCCUACCCGUACACCUCGGUGGACACGCAGCCCUGUUACUACGACAGCCGGCGGGCGGUGGCCCACAUCAAAGACUACCGCUUCAUACCCAAAGGAGACGAGCAGGCGCUGGCCGACGCCGUGGCAACCGUGGGCCCCAUCACCGUGGCCAUCGACGCCGACCACUCCAGCUUCCUGUUCUACAGCUCAGGGAUCUACGACGAGCCGAACUGCAACCCGAGCAACCUGAGCCACGCGGUGCUGCUGGUCGGCUACGGCUCCGAGGGGGGCCGCGACUUCUGGAUCAUCAAGAACAGCUGGGGGAGCGGCUGGGGCGAAGGCGGCUUCAUGCGCCUGGUCCGGGACGGCAGGAACAGCUGCGGCGUGGCGAGCUACGCCUUGUUCCCGCUUCUGUGAUUCAGCGGCCUGCUGCUCUCCUAAGAGGUUCUGUCCAAACUGUCCAACCUCAACAUGGAAGUCUACUUUUCUAAACAUCUUUUUUUUAUAAUCAUACUGUCUAUGAUAAUACCUCAUUUGCAUUCCUAAGGAUUUAUUUCAGGAAAAUUGAAAUACCUGAAAAAUAUUGUCUUAACAUUAAUAAACUAAAUAAGUUUAAUGGUGAAAUCUUUUAGUUAAAUGUUUUAUCCUCCUUUUAAGUGAGAUUAUGUAAAAGUUAACACAUUCUUCAACUUUCAAAUGAAAAAUGAAAUAUAAAGUUACUCCAAACUAAAUUUAACCUUUAGUUGCAGAUUCAAGCAAAUGUUUGCAAAAAAACAAAUCACUGCGUCAUUUCACAUUUUAGGAUGUUAGCUGAAAUGCUAAGCUAGGAGCCAUAACUUUGUUUUAUUAUUACUGUAUUUAUGUGCAACCCUGUGGAUUUAUUAUCAGAAAUAAAGUGUUUUG